GCAGAACACACCUGUUGCCCGGCGCUCGGCUGCAUUGUCUGAGAAAGGAAAGUGGGUGACGCCUCACUUUGACUCUUGGGGUCCCUGAAGGGCUGGGUCACUGGCUACCCUCUCUUUUCCGCUUCCCUCCCCACGCACCACGUCUUCCCUCGCACGUGAGCACUGCAAGGAAAGAAGGGAACAUAGAAAAUAGGCCAUACCUACUCUCUUCCACCUUGGAGUGUGUGUGUGUGUGUGUGUGUGUGUGUGUGUGUGUAUGAGAGAGAGAGGGAGAAUAUGCUAGAAGAGAAGGCCGGGGACAGGAAAAAAGAGAAAAGAGGGGUGCACUGGACAAGGGAAAUCCCACCCCAAUUGCCUGAGUCCUCCGAGCGUCUCGUGUCAUGGGACAUCUGUACUCGCUUCCGCUAACGGGGGUGGCAAUUGUGGGUGGGCGAGGUUAGCGUGCUGCCAGGCACGCCCCGUCUCGUGCGAUUCCAGGUGCUGGCUACCUGGCCCACGCCUGGGUCCCCUUCCGCUCGGGCUUUUGUUGCACCCUCCCCCACCUGUGAGCUGCCGGACCGCCGCGGCGGCGCAGGGAUUGGCCGGGGGUGGGGGGGAGGUGAGGUGAGAUGUCGAGGCUCUGUGGGCUGCGCAGACCUGAGUGGAGAGGUCACACCUCUUUCGGAAAAGGGAAAAAAAAAAAAAACCUAGCUGGCUACCAAGGUGAACCCUGAACGGUUCCCACCUUAAAAUCGGCCCUGCUCGUGACGUCAGGUCGGAAAUAUACCAAAGCGAGCGCCGGCCAGGAGUCUGGGGAGCGCGGCGGCUCGGCGAUUGGGCGGCAGGCCGCUGACGCGCGCUGACGCGCGGAGACUUUAGGUGAAUGUUGGCAGCGGCAGCGCGAGCCACAUAAACAAAGGCACAUUGGCGGCCAGGGCCAGUCCGCCCGGUGGCUCGCGCUAGGCUCCGCGGUCCUGCUCGCCUGCCCAGCCGCCGCCUUCCCCUGCUCCCUCCCCGCUCUCGGCGCCUCCGUUCCCUUCGCCCCUCUCGCCCACCCCUCCCCGACCCUGCCACCCCGACUCCCGGAGGGAACUACUUUGGCCGAGUUGAAUGAAUGAAGAGAGGCACGGAGAACUCCUAAGUGAGUAGGUGCAGCCCGUACAGCUCGCGUUCUUUUAUCCUUCUUUCUGUUUUUGCACGUCUCUUCUUCCCGCUUGUGUGGUGCAGGUUCUCUGGAAGUGGGCGCCGAAGGCGCGGAGCGCGAGUGGGGCCGGAGGAUGGGGAGUAGGUGUGCGCAGCUACAGAGGGCAUUUGUCGGAACUCCUGCUUUGCCACCCAACAGAGGCUUCCAGGCUCCUCAUUGGUGGACGUGAAAGGGAGGCUUGCACAGUUUCGGGAGCUGCGGACUUAACACGCGGAAAUGGAGGAGAACUGCCAGGCUGGGCUCUCCACUGCUUUUCUAAAAAUCUUGGAAACUUUGUCCUUCAUUGAAUUACGACACUGUCCACCUUUAAUUUUCUCGAAAACGCCUGUAACUCAGCUGAAGCCAUGCCUUGUGUUCAGGCGCAGUAUGGGUCCUCGCCUCAAGGAGCCAGCCCCGCUUCUCAGAGCUACAGUUACCACUCUUCGGGAGAAUACAGCUCCGAUUUCUUAACUCCAGAGUUUGUCAAGUUUAGCAUGGACCUCACCAACACUGAAAUCACUGCCACCACUUCUCUCCCCAGCUUCAGUACCUUUAUGGACAACUACAGCACAGGCUACGACGUCAAGCCACCUUGCUUGUACCAAAUGCCCCUGUCCGGACAGCAGUCCUCCAUUAAGGUAGAAGACAUUCAGAUGCACAGCUACCAGCAACACAGCCACCUGCCCCCCCAGUCCGAGGAGAUGAUGCCGCACUCCGGGUCGGUUUACUACAAGCCCUCCUCUCCCCCGACGCCCACCACCCCGGGCUUCCAGGUGCAGCACAGCCCCAUGUGGGACGACCCAGGCUCCCUCCACAACUUCCACCAGAACUACGUGGCCACCACGCACAUGAUUGAGCAGAGGAAAACGCCGGUCUCCCGCCUCUCCCUCUUCUCCUUUAAGCAGUCGCCCCCCGGCACCCCCGUGUCUAGCUGCCAGAUGCGCUUCGACGGGCCCCUGCACGUCCCCAUGAACCCGGAGCCGGCGAGCAGCCACCACGUGGUGGACGGGCAGACCUUCGCUGUGCCCAACCCCAUCCGAAAGCCCGCGUCCAUGGGUUUCCCCGGCCUGCAGAUCGGUCACGCGUCGCAGCUGCUCGACACGCAGGUGCCCUCGCCGCCGUCGCGGGGCUCCCCUUCCAACGAGGGGCUGUGCGCCGUGUGCGGCGACAACGCGGCCUGCCAGCACUAUGGCGUGCGCACCUGUGAGGGCUGCAAAGGGUUCUUUAAGCGCACGGUGCAAAAAAACGCGAAAUACGUGUGUUUAGCAAAUAAAAACUGCCCGGUGGACAAGCGGCGCCGGAAUCGCUGUCAGUACUGCAGAUUUCAGAAGUGCCUGGCUGUUGGGAUGGUGAAAGAAGUGGUUCGCACAGACAGUUUAAAAGGCCGGAGAGGUCGUUUACCUUCGAAACCGAAGAGCCCACAGGAGCCCUCUCCCCCCUCGCCCCCGGUGAGUCUGAUCAGUGCCCUCGUCAGGGCCCAUGUCGACUCCAACCCGGCUAUGACCAGCCUGGACUAUUCCAGGUUCCAGGCGAACCCUGACUAUCAGAUGAGUGGAGACGACACCCAGCAUAUCCAGCAAUUCUAUGAUCUCCUGACUGGCUCCAUGGAGAUCAUCAGGGGCUGGGCGGAGAAGAUCCCGGGCUUCGCUGACCUGCCCAAAGCCGACCAGGACCUGCUUUUCGAGUCGGCUUUCCUAGAACUAUUUGUGCUGAGAUUAGCAUACAGGUCCAACCCAGUGGAGGGUAAACUCAUCUUUUGCAAUGGGGUGGUCUUGCACAGGUUGCAAUGCGUUCGUGGCUUUGGGGAAUGGAUUGAUUCCAUUGUUGAAUUCUCCUCCAACUUGCAGAAUAUGAACAUCGACAUUUCUGCCUUCUCCUGCAUUGCUGCCCUGGCUAUGGUCACAGAGAGACACGGUCUCAAGGAACCCAAGAGAGUGGAGGAGCUGCAAAACAAGAUUGUAAAUUGUCUCAAAGACCAUGUGACUUUCAAUAAUGGGGGCUUGAACCGCCCCAACUAUUUGUCCAAACUGUUGGGGAAGCUUCCAGAACUCCGUACGCUUUGCACGCAGGGGCUACAGCGCAUUUUCUACCUGAAACUGGAAGAUUUGGUACCACCACCAGCAAUAAUUGACAAACUUUUCCUGGACACUUUACCUUUCUAAGACCUCCUUCCAUGCACUUCAAAGAAACUGGAAAGAAACCUAAAACUGUCCAGAGGGGGCAAGUCACAAGGGCAGAGAGAUACCCCUGAGCUGCCUCAGCUCUAGCCGGCCCCCACCCCUUCCAUACACCUUGGCCCUUGAUCUCUAAAGAAAACAAACAAACAAACAACAACAAAAGCAAAAACUGUUACUAUUUCCUAACCUGCAGGCAGAACCUGAAAGGGCAUUUUGGCUCCGGGGCAUCCUGGAUUUAGAACACGGACUACACACAAUACAGUGGUAUAAACUUUUUAUUAUCAGUUUAAAAAUCAUUUUAUUGUUCAGAAGGAAGCUUCUUAAUGUAUGACGGAAAACAUUUGGCCAUGCUUGGUUGUUGCAGUUAAGACAAAUGUAAUACACAUAGACACAUACACACACACCCACAUUGUAAGGGGACCCACAAGUAUUGCCCUUUAAAAGACUUCAAAGUUUUCUGCUGUAAAGAAAGCUGUAAUAUAUAGUAAAACUAAAUGUUGCGUGGGUGGCAUGAGUUGAAGAAGGCAAAGGCUUGUAAAUUUACCCAAUGCAGUUUGGCUUUUUAAAUUAUUUUGUGCCUAUUUAUGAAUAAACAUUACAAAUUCUAAAAGAUAAGUGUGUUUGCAAAAAAAAAAAAGAAAAAGAAAUAACCACAAAAAAGGGACAAGCAUGUUGAUUCUAGGUUGAAAAUGUUAUAGGCACUUGCUACUUCAGUAAUGUCUAUAUUAUAUAAAUAGUAUUUCAGACACUAUGUAGUCUGUUAGAUUUUAUAAAGAUUGGUAGUUACCUGAGCUUAAACAUUUUCUCAAUUGUAAAAUAGGUGGGCACAAGUAUUACACAUCAGAAAAUCCUGACAAAAGGGACACAUAGUGUUUGUAACACCGUCCAACAUUCCUUGUUUGUAAGUGUUGUAUGUACCGUUGAUGUUGAUAAAAGGAAGUUUAUAUCUUGAUUAUUUUGUUGUCUAAAGCUAAACAGAACUUGCAUGCAGCAGCUUUUGACCGUUUCCAGAGUGCUUAUAAUAUACAUAACUCCCUGGAAAUUACUGAGCACUUUGAAUUUUUUUGUUUUUUGUUUUAAUGUCUAAGAUUGUCAGUUAAUAUAUUAUUUUAUGUUUGAGUAAGAAUUUUAAUAUUGCCAUAUUCUGUAGUAUUUUUCUUUGUAUAUUUCCAGUAUGGCACACGAUAUGAGUCACUGCCUUUUUUUCUAUGGUGUAUGACAGUUAGAGACGCUGAUUUUUUUUUUUCCUGAUAAAUUCUUUCUUUGAGAAAGACAAUUUUAAUGUUUACAACAAUAAACUAUGUAAAUGAACAGAA